UUGAUCAAUUCGACUUAGCAGGUCGUGAUCUCUAAAGUUAAGUGAAAGCCCGUCGCUAAGAGACUUUAACCAAACAAUCGUUCGUCUGAAUGCUCCCGAAUAAACGCAAGGUACGAUUUGUUCAAUAGAAGCAUUCAUCAAAUAUAACAAACUUAUUCUUGAUGUAUUGUUAUCUGACAAAGAUAUGCCAGUGGUAUAAAUAGCUUAUAAGAGGAUUUACUACCUAGCAAGCCGCCAUGUUAGUUUUUCAAAACAAACUCGAAAACUCGAAUAACCUUCACACGAUACGAGAAGAAUUUCCUCCAAAAAUGGAUGAUACUGGAGAACCAGGGAGGACAACGAUCGCUGUUGCCAAUAAACUUGUUCAUCCCAAGCGUCCGAUGAAAACGGCACUCCAUCAAGCUGUUCUGGAUGGCCGAUUACACCAAGUUCGUUUGUUAGUGAACAAACAUGGCGCGAAUGUGGAUUCGAAAGAUUACUAUGGAAGAACAGCUUUUAUGCUUACAACAUUUCUCGAUAAUGUUGAAUAUGGAUUGAAGAUGGCCAAAGUACUUCUAAAAGCUGGGGCAUUUUUGAAUCUAAAAGACAAUAUGAAUAGAUCUGCUCUUAGUUAUGCAUGUAUGAAAGGCAGAGCUGAGAUCUUGAAGAAACUAUUAAAGGAGGACAUUUUAGAUAUAAACGAUCCUGACAACGAUGGCAACUCACCAUUACACCAUGCUGUUCUCUGUGGUGAUCCUGAGGUGGUUCGCAUCCUCGUUAACGUCAUUGUAAAAUUCGGCCUACCGGUUGACAUACGCAAUAACAUUGGUUACACCCCUCUCCUACUAUCCUGCAAGUAUGGUCAUUAUGCGUCUGCAUACCACAUCCUUACACUGGCCUCCCCAUCCCCGACACUACGAGACAACGAGUUCUAUCUUAAUGCGAAAGAAUGGGUACAGAAAAGCUAUGAAAUUCGAAUGCAACAAGAGUUUAGAAAAAGCAGAAGUCAGACAAUGCCAUGUAGACUCCCUUUAGACAGCCUCCUGAGGGAGUCGACACAGGGAAACCUUAAAAGAGGCAACACUUCAAUGACCAUGUACCAGAGAUCAUGGACACCACAAUGCAACCAUGUCAAAGGACAAACAGAUCCAUUUGCAAGUGCACUCAAUGCUGACUUCCGGCUUCCAUCUAUUCUGCCUUCGUUUUCAAUCGCAGGUGAUGAAAGUCUGGAAGCUACAAUUGAUGGACAAAAUUCAAGAGAUGCACUAAUGCUAGCUUUAGAGGACUCAGUCGAACAACAAGACAGUGCCAAUACACGGUCAAUAUCAAGGUCAUUGUCUGUAAGGUCAAGGUCAUCAAUUACAACAGCAAAGCUAAGGCAACUGGGGCGAUCAAAAACCUCCUUAGUUCCUUUGGACCUUGGGACACUUUUCAAGAUGUACUCGGAGCAACACUACCCUGAAUUUGCUCCAAUUCAAACAGACAGACAUAAUGUGAAUAAACAUAUACCUGUUAUUAUAUCAACUGCACCUUCAGCAAGACCAAGCAAGGCACAUUUAGAAGAUGUUUCAACUGUAUUAAGCGGUACUAUGAAUUAGUAGUCAUUGAUGUAAUGAUUGAUCAACAUGGACACAUUUUGUUCUAUUGACAAGAUUUUUGCACAAUAUAUUAUGUUCGAAUGCAUACUGUAACUGAGCUGAAAAUUUAAUAUAUUGAAUCGAAUUAUAUUUUCCCUUAAAUCAUUUCCAUUAUUUAUUUUGAUUGAGCGUCGUAAACCUUAUUUCCAAGAGAAGAAC